AUGUCUAAGUCUCUUUUCGCAGCGCCAGAUGCUGGCCGGGGUCCAAGAACCGCUUUUGAAAAUGGAUACAACCAAAAGCCCUCUACCCUGGACCCCAGCUACCGGAUCACCGAGCAGCCCAUCGGGACGAAACGCCCGAUCCGGGUUGCCUGUAUGGGGGCUGGCUAUUCAGGUCUUAUGAUGGCAAUUGUGUUCAGCCAGCAGAUGAAAGACAGCAACGCGGAACUCGUCAUCUACGACCGCAAUACAGACCUGGGGGGCACAUGGCUUGAGAACCGAUACCCUGGGUGCAAAUGUGAUAUUCCCGCGCACAAUUAUGCGUAUAGCUUUGCACCAAACCCCGACUGGCCAAAUUACUACGCCACCUCGGAGCAAAUUCACGAGUACAUGCAUGGCGUGGCGGAUAAAUACGACUGCAACAAGUACAUUCGGUACUCGCACACUAUUAAGUCAGCUGUCUGGAAUGAAGACAAAGCCAAGUGGGCCCUGGAGGUCGAGACCAUUGACAAAGCCGUUAUCAAUGAUGAGGUUGAUGUUUUCAUAAACGCCGGUGGCGUGCUCAACAACUGGAAAUGGCCGAAUAUCGAGGGAAUCCAUACAUUCAAAGGCAAGCUAAUGCACUCUGCCCGCUGGGAUCAGGAUUACGACUUCAGCGGCAAGAAGGUAGCAAACAUUGGGAUCGGCUCUUCCGGCGUGCAGAUUGUACCACAGUUAGCAAAGGUGGCCGGUUCAAUGGAUGUCUACAUCCGCACGCAGACCUGGAUUUCCCCAGCACCUGGCAUCAAUGAGCCCACCGAAAAUGACCCGGAUAUGGACACGGAGUAUAACUUUACCGAGGAGACCCUUCAGAUGUUCCAAGACCCUAAGUUACUCCGUGACUACCGAGCUGCCAUUAUGGACCGUCGAAGCAACAAUUUUAAGCGCGCGAUUGCAGAGAGUGACCUCCAAAAACGCGCACAGGAGCUUUUCCGGAAAAGCAUGAAAGACAGAUUGGGCGAUACUCCCAAGGGCCAGCAAGCUGCACAAUAUCUGCUGCCAGAUUUUCCUGUUGGUUGUCGACGCCAGACUCCUGGGCCUGGUUUCCUGGAGGCCUUAACUCAGGACAAUGUAGAAUUGCGCUGGGAUGAUGUUAGCCAGAUUACGGAGAAAGGAAUUAUUACACGCUCCGGGGAAGAAAAAGAGUAUGAUGUUAUCGUGUGUGCCACCGGGUUUGACACCAGUUUUCGCCCCUCAUUUCCUCUUGUCGGACGAAAUGGCGUCAAUUUGGCUCACAAAUGGGAGACCGAUCUGCCCCAGGCUUAUUUUGGGCUGGCGGUGCCAGAUAUGCCCAACUACUUUUCUUUCAUUGGGCCAAAUAGCACCAUCAGUAACGGAUCACUUGUGCUUGGGAUCCAAGCAACGGCUGUUUACAUAUACAAGUGGCUGCAGAAGCUUCAAACAGAGAUGAUCCGUAGUUUCGAGGUACGACAUGACGUCAAUGAUGAGUAUAAUCAGCACAUGCAGCGGUAUCUAGAACGCACCGUGUGGACGCGUGGUUGUCGCAGCUGGUAUAAGCGUGGCACCGUCGAUGGGCCCGUGGUGGCUGUCUAUGGCGGCACAACGUUCCAUUUCAUGGAGGCGAUCAAGACCCCUCGGUGGGAAGAUUUCUACAUUGACCGGCUUCCAGAGGCCCAAGCUAAUCGCUUCGCGUAUCUUGGUGACGGGUUUACUAAAAGGGAGACCCACGGAGGGAGUAUCGGGGCCACGCAAACUAUAGAUUUUGAUGAGUACUGGCGUUUGUUUGUGCUCCCAGACAUCCACGACUGA